AAGAUUCUCUUUAACGUGAUUACUUGCAAGUAAUAGUUCCUCGAUCAUGGCUGAGCUAUCUCCUGAAGAAAUUCAGCUGAGGGCCAACCAGGUCACUGAUGAGUCUUUGGAAAGCACAAGGAGGAUUCUUGGCUUGGCCAUUGAGUCCCAGGAUGUUGGCAUCAAAACGAUCAACAUGUUGGAUGAACAGGGAGAACAACUAAAUCGCAUAGAAGAAGGCAUGGAUCAGAUAAAUAAGGAUAUGAGAGAAGCUGAGAAGACACUGACAGAGCUCAACAAAUGUUGUGGGCUCUGUGUCUGCCCUUGUAACAGGACAAAGAAUUUUGAGGCUAGCAAGUCAUACAGAGCAACCUGGGGAGAUGGGACGGAGAACUCGGCAGAUCAGGUGAUAUCCAUGCAACCAAGACGUAUAAAUCAGCAGCAGCCUCAGACUUCUGGAGGACCAAGUGGUGGAUAUAUUACAAGGGUAACAAAUGAUGCCAGAGAAGAUGAAAUGGAUGAAAAUCUUGCUCAAGUGGGAAACAUUCUUGGGAAUUUGAAAAACAUGGCUUUGGACAUGGGCAACGAGAUUGAUGCCCAGAAUAAACAAAUAGACCGGAUAAAUGUAAAGGCUGAUACAAACAGGGACCGCAUUGAGCAAGCCAACAUCAGAGCCAAGAAACUAAUUGACAAUUAAAGGCCGCUGUCAUUGUUCAGUGACACUAUCUCUCCAGCUGCAAGCCACGAUAUUCAUGGAUCUGUGAAACUUCUCCUAUUCUGAAAUAAGAGGGGCUGGGAAAAAUGAAGCAGUACCCUUCCUAUAGGGAUUGAUUUUCCUUUUUCUUUUAAUUGCUUCAUGUAAAUGUGGCCUUGACCUCCAAGAAAGCAGCCAACAUAACUUCCUCCUACUCAUCUGCCUUCACUUUCUUUAAACUGCUCAGGGCUAAAAGUGUUAUGGCUUUGAGAUUCUUCUUGCAUGUUUUAUUCUCCCAGUCUCUUUUUUUUAAUUCUCCCUUCCUUGCACUCAAAACACAGUCCUUUAUUGAAGCUGAACAAGCAGGGUAACCUGAAUUCACAGUUGUGGAAAGUUGGAGAGGGCACUUUGCACUGUUUGGAAUACCUCAUAAAUCGAGUGUCUUCACUAAAAUAGGGACUUGGUGAAUAUUGUCUGAUUUGUAUCUCUAGCAGGCUAACCAUAGUAUUAUAAUCCAAACCACAUGAUUGGUUUGUGGAUUACAGAAUUGAAGAGGCCCACUACUGAGUACUUGUGGGUUGAGGGCUUUAAAACACUUCUAAACACGUGAACUUUAAUGUAAAGGUAACUGGAGGGGUUCCAGGUUUCCAUUUCUUUACUGUAAAUUGACAUCGGUUUGGAGG